UUAGCUUCAUAGAAAUUUUAUUUAGCUUUGUACGAGUUGAAAUUUAAGAUAUUUAGACUUCAAAACAUUUGGCUUAAACGUACGAGGUAUGCAUUAUAGAGCAUAUACUUAAUCUAUGAAUAGCCAAAAGUUCGUUUUUCUAACUAUAGGAAUGAAUCUUCAUACAUUUCUGUUCUUUCUGAUGGCGAAUUUUAUGUCACCAUCAUAGUUUAUGACCUGUAACAUUUUUGCUUUAUUUUAUGAGCAUUUUUUUUGGUUUGAAGAGUACUACGAUACUUUGGUAAAGGCAAGAAGGGGUUGAUUUUCUCAUUCAUAUUUUUAAGCAAAGUACAGAAUUGUAUUGCAUGUGGGAAACAAUAUUUUGAGGUUGUCUAACUUCUUGUCAACAAUGCUAAAUCAAAUUCGAUAUAAUGUUUUAAUUGUAUCAUGAUUAUUGUCAAAAUCGUACAAACUGCUGCCACAGAACUACAAAAUCAAUUAUAUAUACUUUAUUAGAAAUACGAAAGUGUUGGAUUUCUUUUAAUUAAAACAUGGAUAAAAACAUAAUGAAGGGUGAACAUUUAUGCGUUUUAACUGGUGAUGAAAGAGAAACGUUAGAUUUUUUUCAGGUAAAACGGUAUAUCAUUUGGCGAAAAAACAUGAAUGAAUCUUAGUGUAAUGAAUAAUUCAUUUUACUCGUUCCCAGACUCGCAUGUUUAGUCGGAAUAAUUAGUGCACACAUGUACUUGCAAAUAUAAUAGAAAGAAUUUGUAAUCAUCCGUUUUCGUGCAAUAUUUAGCCACACGACAUAAAGUAUGAAAUCAGUAUGUGUGGAGGAAAUUUGUGCAAAGAAAUAUAUUAUAGAUAUAUUUUAGGAUGUUAAGUAUUACAUAUUUUGAAUAAAUACAAGUUGAUGUACAAUCUACUACUAGUUCUGUACAUUUUGGAUAUUUUUGUGUGUGUUUCAAAAGGAUUUUCCCCUACUAAUAUUUCCAUACAAACAAAAUUAUUGCUAUGUCUUUACGGUAUACAAAGAAUAUAUUUCAAUUUUUCCUUUCAUACACAAACAUAUACAAUCGCCGAGAAACCGCCCAGGUUAUCAUAAAGUACCAUCAAAUAUACUAAGGUCUACGAUAUAAAAUCUAGGUAUCACUAAAUUAACUCCCGUUAACACUGCAGUCCGUCAGAAUCUUACUUACAUUCUCAAGGUUAGCCUUAAAUCGUGUUUGAAUUCUAAAGAAAAGGUUAAAUUCUCUAACGAAAGUAAGACCGCUUCUUCUUCAAAUUUAUGAACAUCUGCAAGAAUCAACCACGAAAUCACAUUGAGGACAGUGUUUGCAAAAUAUCGCAUUUUGCUAACCAUAUCAUUUUAAUGGAUAGCAACAACGAGUGAAGGAACUGAAUCUACACCAAUAACAACUCUAAGUUUCACACCAAGUGUAGCCUCAACACCAUCUGUAACACAGAGCGCCACACCAUCAACGACCGGCACAUCAAGUUUCACACCUAGUGUUGGCACACCAAGUACACCACCUUCCACUGGUACACCUAGUGCUACAUUAACACCAUCUGUUACACCUAGCAUCUCUCCAUCAGUUACUGCAUCCAUGACACCAACCGUCACUCCAUCAGGUACGCCAAGUGUCACUGUAUCUGGUACACCAAGUGUUACACGUAGCGUGACUCCAUCUGGGAUUCCUAGUAUUACACCAAGUGGUACAGCAAGUGCUACACCUACACCAUCAGUGACGGCUAGUUUGACUCCAUCUGGUACAUCCACUUUUACUCCAAGCCUAACAUCAACGCCGGCACCAUCUACCACACCAAGUGUCACACCAACACCAUCUUCCACAUCAAGUAUCACACCAACACCAUCUGCAACACUAAGUGGCACACCAACACAAUCUGCCACACCAAGUAUCACAUCAACACCAUCUGGCACACUAACACAAUCUGCCACAUCAAGUGGCACACCAACACCAUCUGGCACAAUAAGUGUCACACCAUCGAUUACCCCAAGUGCAACUCCAAGUGCCACAGUAUCAUUUACACCAAGCAGCACAUCAAGUGCAACACCUUCUGCUACACCAAGUAUUACACCAUCUGUAACCGCAACAACGAGUGAAGGAACUGAAUCCACACCAAUAACAACCCUAAGUUUCACACCAAGUGUAGCCUCAACACCAUCUGCAACACAGAGCGCCACACCAUCAACGACCGGCACAUCAAGUUUCACACCUAGUGUUGGCACACCAAGUACAACACCUUCCACUGGUACACCCAGUGUUACAUCAACACCAUCUGUUACACCUAGCAUCUCUCCAUCAGUUACUGCAUCCAUGACACCAACCGUCACUCCAUCAGGUACGCCAAGUGUCACUGUAUCUGGUACACCAAGUGUUACACCUAGCGUGACUCCAUCUGGGAUUCCUAGUAUUACACCAAGUGGUACAGCAAGUGCUACACCUACACCAUCAGUGACGGCUAGUUUGACUCCAUCUGGUACAUCCACUAAUACUCCAAGCCUAACACCAACACCGACACCAUCCCCAACACCAAGUGUCACACCAACACAAUCUUCCACACCAAGUGGAACACCAACAGCAUCUGCCACACCAAGUGUCACACCAACACCAUCUUCCACACCAAGUGGAACACCAACAGCAUCUGCCACACCAAGUGGCACGCCAACACAAUCUGCCACACCAAGUAUCACACCAACACCAUCUACCACACCAAGCGGCACACGAACACAAUCUGCCACACCAAGUGGCACACCAACACCCUCUUCCACAUCAAGUGGCACACCAACACCAUCUGCCUCAAUAAGUGUCACACCAUCGAUUACCCCAAGUGCAACUCCAAGUGCCACAGUAUCAUUUACACCAAGCAGCACAUUAAGUGCAACACCUUCUGCUACACCAAGUAUUACACCAUCUGUAACCGCAACAACGAGUGAAGGAACUGAAUCUACACCAAUAACAACUCUAAGUUUCACACCAAGUGUAGCCUCAACACCAUCUGCAACACAGAGCGCCACACCAUCAACGACCGGCACAUCAAGUUUCACACCUAGUGUUGGCACACCAAGUACAACACCUUCCACUGGUACACCCAGUGUUACAUCAACAUCAUCUGUUACACCUAGCAUCUCUCCAUCAGUUACUGCAUCCAUGACACCAACCGUCACUCCAUCAGGUAUGCCAAGUGUCACUGUAUCUGGUACACCAAGUGUUACACCUAGCGUGACUCCAUCUGGGAUUCCUAGUGUUACACCAAGUGGUACAGCAAGCGGUACACCUACACCAUCAGUGACGGCUAGUUUGACUCCAUCUGGUACAUCCACUAAUACUCCAAGCCUAACCACAACGCCAGCACCAUCUACCACACCAACUGGCACACCAACAGCAUCUUCCACAUCAAGUAUCACACCAACAGCAUCUGCCACACCAAGUGGCACAUCAACACCAUCUGCCACAUUAAGUGGCACACCAACACCAUCUGCCACAAUAAGUGUCACACCAUCGAUUACCCCAAGUGCAACUCCAAGUGCCACAGUAUCAUUUACACCAAGCAGCACAUUAAGUGCAACACCUUCUGCUACACCAAGUAUUACACCAUUUGUAACCGCAACAACGAGUGAAGGAACUGAAUCCACACCAAUAACAACUCUAAGUUUCACACCAAGUGUAGCCUCAACACCAUCUGCAACACAGAGCGCCACACCAUCAACGACCGGCACAUCAAGUUUCACACCUAGUGUUGGCACACCAAGUACAACACCUUCCACUGGUACACCCAGUGUUACAUCAACACCAUCUGUUACACCUAGCAUCUCUCCAUCAGUUACUGCAUCCAUGACACCAACCGUCACUCCAUCAGGUACGCCAAGUGUCACUGUAUCUGGUACACCAAGUGUUACACCUAGCGUGACUCCAUCUGGGAUUCCUAGUGUUACACCAAGUGGUACAGCAAGCGGUACACCUACACCAUCAGUGACGGCUAGUUUGACUCCAUCUGGUACAUCCACUUUUACUCCAAGCCUAACAACAACACCGACACCAUCCGCAACACCAAGUGGCACAACAACAGCAUCUGCCACACCAAGUGGCACACCAACACAAUCUGCCACACCAAGUGGCACACCAACACCAUCUUCCACAUUAAGUGGCACACCAACACCAUCUGCCACAAUAAGUGUCACACCAUCGAUUACCCCAAGUGCAACUCCAAGUGCCACAGUAUCAUUUACACCAAGCAGCACAUCAAGUACAACACAUUCUGCUACAUCAAGUAUUACACCAUCUGUAACCGUAACAACGAGUGAAGGAACUGAAUCCACACCAAUAACAACUCUAAGUUUCACACCAAGUGUAGCCUCAACACCAUCUGCAACACAGAGCGCCACACCAUCAACGACCGGCACAUCAAGUUUCACACCUAGCGUUGGCACACCAAGUACAACACCUUCCACUGGUACACCCAGUGUUACAUCAACACCAUCUGUUACACCUAGCAUCUCUCCAUCAGUUACUGCAUCCAUGACACCAACCGUCACUCCAUCAGGUACGCCAAGUGUCACUGUAUCUGGAACUCCUAGUGUUACACCAAGUAGUACAGCAAGCACCACACCUACGCCAUCAGUCACGGCUAGUUUGACUCCAUCUGGUAUAUCCACUUUUACUCCAAGCCUAAUACCAACACCCGCACCAUCUGCAACACCAAGUAUCACACCAACACCAUCUGCCACACCAAGUGGCACACCAACACCAUCUGUCACACCAAGUGGCACACCAACACCAUCUGCAACACCAAGUGUUACAACAACACCAUCUACAACACCAAGUGUCACACAUUCUGCAACACCAAGUGGCACACCUUCAGUUACUUCAAGUGCCACCCCAAGCGUCACAGUAUCACUUACACCAAACACCACACCUAGUGCAACACUUUCUGCUACACCAAGUAUUACACCAUCAGUAACCGGUACGCAUUUUGUCACCUUUAGAAUUUGUUGUGUAUAAUUUAUUUGAAAUCUGAUACAAUGAUUUGACACAUCAAAUGUAAUACUGUUAUUGAGUUUUGGCAGUGGUUAUAGCCUUUUAUCUUGUUAAUCAGUCGUGAAUUGAUUAGAAGAAUGGAAUAUCUCCAUAAUGGCAGAGAAGAUGGACAUCACAUUUUUUUUUACAAGAUAUGUUCAAUCUGUUGCUGGUUAGUGACAACCAUUAAAAGAGGUUUGAAGUUAUAUAGAGCCAGGUUGUUAUAUCAGUACGUACAAUUGACCGAGACCGUACGUGUACACCCUAUUUUACUUUAUUUGCGACGUUAAUUCGAUUUAAUAAGAAUAAUUUCAUUACUAUCAUUGCAUUGUGUAACGAUGACUAGGAUUUGUGAAAGUAUCACUGGAUUUAAAGAAACGUGAUAAAGACAAUGCGAAAACGAUAUCGUAUUUUCCUACCGUACCGUUUUGAAGGAUAGCAUCAACGGGUGAAACAACCGAAUCCGCACCAGUAACGCCUCCCAAGUGUCACACCAAGUAUAGUCUUAACACCAUCUGCAACACCAAGCAUCACACCCGCAACGACCAGUACAUCAAGUUUCACACCACAUAGAGCAUCAACACCACCUGCAACACCUCACGACACACCAUUAGCGGCCGGAACAUCACGUUUCUCACCAAGCAUAGCCUUAACACCAUCUGCAACACUUAGAGCCACAUCAACAACGACCAUUACAUCAAGUUUCACACCAUAUAUAGCAUCAACACCAUCUUUAACACCUAGCGCCACAUCAUUAACGACCGGAAUCUCACGUUCCACACCAAGUAUAGCCUUAACACCAUCUACACCAAGAGACACACCAUGAUCGAUCAGCACAUCAAGUUUCACACCAAGUAUAGCCUUAACACCAUCUGUAACACCUAGUGCCAUGCGAUGAACGACCGGAUGAAUCAUUAUAUCAGAUGAAAUGAUAAUAAUAUAUAUACACAAUGGAAUGAUCUACAUUUCUGUUAUCACAUUUUCCAAUAUUUUUAAUUGAUGUUUAAUCACUACCAAUUUCUUUGAUGACGUCAAGAUGAAUGUUGUUUAAUGUGUUAUUGCUUCGGCAAUAAACACGACUGCAGAAUCGUGAAACGAGGUGUUUUACAUUUACAAUUCUAUUUUCUAAACACCUAAGCUAUGAAUCCUAGCUAAGCCCUGAAUCAUCUCUCUCUCUCUCUCUCU